GAACCUCCGAGCGUAAGAAAUGUGGGAGAGUCGCCCGGUGUCUCCCCAGCCUCACCACUCCCGGGCGGAGCCCUCAAAGAAAGACGGCCCGUGGACGUGACGUACGUGGAAGGGAUGCCCUUUGUGGCUCAACCCCUGACAACCCCAGGGUGACCGUUGCUGGUGACAGGCUCUGUUGCCGUAAAAGCUGUGGGGCAGAAUUCGGUAACUUCUCGACCUUGCUUGCACACGCAAGAGGUCCUCAAUGUGAAGGUGCAAUGCUCGGUGAACCGUCCAGUUUAACUUCCUCACUCGCACGACGUAAGAGGCUCUGUCACAGGAGCAAGCCUUACGAAUGUCAGGGAUGUGGGAAAGGCUUCAGCCAGUCGUCCCACCUCACAAACCACCUCAGAACUCACAGUGGGGAGAGGCCCUUUGAGUGUCAGGAGUGCGGAAAAGCCUUUAGUCAGUCGGGACACCUCGCGAACCACGUGAGGACCCACAGCGGCCAGAGGCCGUAUGCGUGUGGGCAGUGUGGGAAAGCGUUUGGCCACGCCUCGUCCUUCACCGCGCACAUCAGGAUCCACAGCGGAGAGAGGCCUUACAGAUGCCAGGAAUGCGGGAACGUCUUUAGAUGUUCCUCCCACCUCACCAAGCACCUCAGGACUCACACCGGGGAGCGGCCGUAUGCGUGUCACGAGUGCGGGAGGGCGUUCAGCCAUGCCACGUCCCUCAGUUCCCAUAAGAAAACACACAGUGGGGAGAAGCCUUACCCAUGUAAGGAGUGUGGUAAAGUCUUCCGCGAGGCCUCGUCCCUUACUAAACACAGCAGGACGCACAGUGGAGAGAGGCCUUAUGCAUGUAAACAGUGUGGGAAGGUCUUCAGUUAUUCCUCCGCUCUCGCUAUGCAUGAGAGAACUCACAGUGGAGAGAGGCCACACAUCUGUCAGGAAUGUGGGAAAGCCUUCAGCCGUUCCUCUCACCUCUACGAACACAUGAGAACUCACAGCGGGGAGAGGCCGUUUCAAUGCACCCAGUGUGGGAAAGCCUUUACGUGCUCCUCCGCCCUGGGGACGCAUUUAAGAAGUCACAGCGGAGAGAGGCCGUAUGCAUGCAAAGACUGCGGGAAGGUCUUCAUUCAGGCCUCCGACCUCACCAGGCACGCUCGAAUUCACAAUGGAGAGAGGCCUUACGAGUGUCAGGAAUGUGGGAAAGCCUUUAGUCGUUCUUCAUCCCUGACGACCCACAAAAGAACGCACAGCGGAGAGCGGCCCUACCGAUGUAAGAAGUGUAGCAAGGCGUUCACGCAGGCCUCGGCCCUCGCGGCCCGUAGGCGGACGCACAGCGGGGAGAGGCCGUAUGAAUGUGAGGAGUGUGGGAAGGCUUUCCGGUGUUCUUCCUUCCUGACUAUCCACAGGCGCACCCACAGCGGAGAGAUGCCUUACGAGUGUCAGGAGUGUGGGAAAGCCUUUCGUCAAGCCUCAAACCUCACCACCCACCGAAGGAUUCACAGCGGCGAGAAGCCUUAUGAAUGUCAACAGUGUGGGAAACUGUUCCGGUGUUCCUCUCACCUGAUUGCACACAGAAGAACCCACAGUCGGGAGGCCUCGUGAAUGUGAAAAACGUGGGAAAUCCUUCGUUAUAAGAACUUAGAGUGGACAGGCCGCGUCCAAAGUGGGCUGUCGUAUCCUUACCGCCAUCAUAUCAAUCAGCAAAUCUCCAAAAAUCUUGAGAUUAAAGAACAAACGUUCUCAGUGCAUAGGAAAGCGAUACUGAUUCUCAGAAGGGCCCAUAGAAGCUGCCUUGCUUGCUAACAGGGGGAGCAUGUUCCCUUGCACACAGUGGUCAGGAGCAUCAUGAGAAACAACCCCAAGGAUGGACUACUCCGAAACCCCAUCGUGGAAUCAGGAGCCACAUGACAUGGCUCCUGAUUCUGCAUUCCGGGAUUGACGGGUGAGAAAGAGGCAGAAACAGCACUGCAGUUCACAGCUGCUAGGCAUGAAAUGCCUUUAGGACGAGUCCAGUAGAUUGAUGAAGCAAUAUAUUCGCUUUGUGGUGUCUUCCCCGGGGAAUUUUUGGGUGCCACCCUCCUCCCCUGUGCCGUCACCACUGUCUGACAAAAGUAGAGUCACCCUAAUUUUGCGCCUAAACCAGACAGACACCCUUGACCUCUGCUCAAUAAGCUGCUUCCACUCCAGAUGCUUGCUCUGGUUUUAAAGGCUUGUAUUGUCCUAAAAAAGGCACGUACUGGUGGGCCAUCUCCCUAAGGUGUGAGGAUUCCAGAAUUCGUUUCCAGGCACUCGGCUCGUCAGAAUGUGCCCUUGAUUAACCAACAUGCUUCCUAGAAGCCAUCAGACAUCGACUGGGUUUAAAUCUAUUUACAGAGGAGAAAUUGCCAAAUUUGUUGUCUUGAAAUCACAGUGAACUUCAUUUGCUUUCCUUAAAAAUGAUCCAAAGGC